AUGGUUUGUGAGGACACUUCCUAUGUCCCUAGUGAGUACUCAAGUGACUCAGAGAGUGAAGACAAUUUCCUCCUGAUGCCUCCGAGGGACCACCUGGGCCUCAGUGUUUUCUCCAUGCUCUGCUGUUUCUGGCCCCUGGGCAUUGCAGCUUUCUAUCUGUCUCACGAGACUAACAAAGCGGUGACUAAAGGAGACUUUCACCACGCCAGCUCCAGCUCCAGACGUGCGCUCUUCCUCGCCGUACUGUCCAUCACCAUCGGGACUGGCAUCUACGUGGGUGUGGCUGUGGCCCUUAUCGCAUACCUCUCCAAAAACAAUCACUUGUAGCCUUCCCAUGCCCAAAACCACUCUCACGGUCGGAUAAAGACUGGUUAAUUUUGGGAUCAGCUUUUUGGGAAAACACCCAAUGGUCACGAUACAGGACUCACCAGCAAUGUGUUCCACUCCUGCACUUUUAAAAGUCGUGUUUCCAUUUCGUUGGGAAGAUCAUCGUUUGUGUAAACUGUCUUGAUCACUUUUCUGCAUUUUCAUGUGAACGUGCCGCCACCACUUUUUUUUUUUUUUUUGCGCUCAGUGUUUGUGCAAGUGCAACUACACA